CCUCAGGUACUUAUGAGAUCCCCCUGAGCCUCCUCAUCUCCAGGCUGAACAGUGCCAGCUCUCUCAGCUUCAGACAAAGGGUUUCAAAUUUGGGUGGCUCUGUGUAGAGCCAGCUGGAUUCGACCAUCCUUGUGGGUCAUUAAGGUUGGAAAAGACCUCUAAGAUCACCACGUCCAACCGCAGCUCACCCCACCGUGCGCACAUCGCUCAGUGCCACAUCUCCGCGGUUCCCGAACCCCUCCAGGGACGGUGACUCCACCCCCUCCCCGAGCAGCCCGUGCCGGCGCCUCACCCCUUGCCGAGAAGAAAUGUUUCCUAAUACCCCACCCGAGCCUCCCGUAGCGCAACUUAAGGCCGUUCCCUCUCGCCCUAUCGCCGUUACGUGCGAGCAGAGCCGACCCCCACCUGGCCACAACCUCCCCUUCCAGCUCGGGCUCUGCCACGCGGUUCCCUUGGCGGCCAAUUGCAUCCCGCGAUCGUAUCGGGGCAGCGAGGAGAGGAGCGGGGAAGGCUCGGCGGGGAGGAAGAGGAGGGAGAGCGGCGAGGAAGAGGCCUGCAGCCCGUUCUCGCGGGCCCCGCCCGGCGGGGUCAAUGCCGGCGCCGCGGCCGCUCUCCGAUGCGAUCUCUCCGGAGCUGUCGGAGACGCGGUGCCAUCGUGGGGACCGUCACCCUCUGCCUGGCGGCCGGCUGGGCUCUGCAGACUCCUGGAGGAGUGUCAUUAAUUGUCCCACAGCCCAACAUCAACGCAACAGUGGCACAAAACAUCCUCCUCUCAGUUGAGUACUCCUGUAGAGGCAUUGCCACUGUGGAGUGGAAACAUGUGUCGAGCUGGGGCACCACCAAAAUUGUGGAGUGGAAAAGUGGGAAUUACAUCAACAUAUCCAACGCCUACAAGGACAGAGUGACUACUUUUGAAAAUGGUUCUAUACAGCUUCUGAACGUGGGCAUGAGAGAUGCUGGCUACUAUUUUAUCACAGUCACAGAGGAGUAUGGAACCAACACCUACGGCACCAUCAUACUCAAUGUUUAUGGUAUGAACCUCAUGGGAGUUCUUAGCCUUACCCUGUGUUUAAACACUAACCUGCUCUUAAGCAAUUUCGUAACAUCACGCAUUUCUGCCCUUUUUGCAGAGAUUAUCUAUGAAGAUUUACAUUUCGUAGUGGUUCUCUUUGUAUUUCUUGCUGCAGUAUCUGCCAUUUUGAUCUGCUUCAUGUGGCUGUGUAACAAAUCCCUCUACCUGUUCCAGAAGAAGACACAUAAGCUAACAGGUAUCUAAGAAUGCAGCCAAGAUACAUGUUUUUCCAAUCUGAGAAAUUUGAGAAACUCACUCAUGGUUUGAGCUGUAAAGGUGUGAAGCGGUGACACAGAAAAACAAAUUGGAAGGGCUUGGCUGAGUCAUCCUGUUUAACUCUUUACUAACACAGGCAACUGAAUAAUAAGUAUUUAAUUGGAAAAGAUCCACAGGACAUCCACCUUAUAUUUUAUAUCAGAAACCAGAGAACUCUUCCCUACAUUGUUAGCUGCUGCUGUUUUUUCACAGUGGACGCACAGCUCAUGAGCUUCUGUAGCUAACUGAAAAUGUUCUUACCAUGCCAGAAUACAGAGUUUGGUAAAGCCUCUCCUUCCUCCAGUUAAAGCCAAUUUUCCUAUGCAGCAAGAGUUCUUCAAAGUCUGAAUUCAGUGCACUCCUUGGCAGACUUCAGGAAUACUUCAGUUCUGGAGACUUGCUCUGUCAUCAUCCAGAACAGGAUCCAAUGACUUAUGUCUCAGUCCCACUUUAGGAGAGCCCUCCUUUGGAAGUCAUGGAGCCCUGUGGACUUUGUUUCACUUUUCAUAGUGCUUUUUGUCUUGUACUUGACAGCCACUGUCACAUUCAGGGUUUUGAGGGACUUAUUGUGUGGUCAAAUAUUUUGAAAAGAUGUACUUAAAACCAAAUUCUA